AUGAAGUCCUUGAGUUCUGUAAUACUUUCUAGCAGUCUCCUCUUGAGCAUCAGUACCACUGGAGAGGCUCGAAGUUGGCCUGAUGCUGUUGACCAUGCAUUGUACCAACACAUUGCUGUCGACACUAAGCGAGUACAACAGAGAAUUGAAUCGGAUCCUUUUCGGGAGGUAUCAGAUAGUAGUGAUAUCUACAAUGAUGAUGGUCACACUUUAUCACCCACUAUAUCUCCAACCUCUGCUCCAUGUCGCGAGGGCUCAAUUCACUACCGAAUGAACAUGUAUGAUAGUUCUGGAAAUGGCUGGCAAGGCACAGCAAUUGAAGUGAUCGGAAUCAAGGAUCAGGAUGCAUUGGAAAAAUCGGAGCUGUCAACCCCUGAAGCUUCAGUUUACACAACGACGACCAAACUCAACACGAAUGAAGGAAAUGGCUAUGUUUCUCUUUCAAACUCUGUCCAAUUUGGUGAUGGAGCUCUCUUCUCCAAUACUCAAUCAGAAUAUAUCUUCCCUCUGGGUAAGGUUUUCGAAAGUGCCUUAACACGGGGUUCGUCCGACCAUGCUGAUAUCUGCUUGGUGCCAAGAAGAUGCUACGAUAUUGUUGUGAAUCGGGGCGCUGCGCUUGAGGAGGUCACAUGGAAUCUGACUGCCAUGGCUGGCGACUAUGAGCAGGAAGAAAACGCUUACAUCCAAGGAAGUGCACCCAUGUACUGCAAGUUUUCAAUUCCAGAUGCCAGCGGUGAAGUAUUCUGCCCAAUCGAGUGUUCUGAAGAUAUUCCAGAGAAGUAUGUCAAAGACGAUGCAACCUUUGCUGAUUUACUUCACUCUCCAGUUGAAAAGGGCGAUGAUGGUGGCUUCUCGUCCCUUUAUCGCCAGUUUGCUGGUAAAGAAGACCAACCAGGAAAAGGAGAACCUGGACCGAAGGGAAAGUAUUCCAUGUUCCUUGCAAUCGGAGAUAAAGGAGAGGACAAGGUGGAAACCAAACCUCUGAGAGAACGGCCUCCCGCUCCUGUUUUUGAUGUUGAUAGCGUUGGACUACCCGAUCUUCCCGCCGAAAAGGAAGAGGCUAGUAGCACUAUUGACGAGGAAGACCAAGGCACUCCUGUCAACACUGAAAAUCAAGAAGUACCGACCGAAGAAGACGCCCCUCCUGAAACCGGCAAUGAAGACUUACCCAUCAUCGAAGGUCUGGACACACCUGCUGAAAUCGAACUUGAAGAUACCCCAGGAGACACAGAAAUCCAAGAAACGCAUCAAGAAGCCUCUGUUCAAGAAGAAGGCCAAGGCAUUGCAACGGAAGAAGACAUUCCAGUCGAAGAAGGAGAUCCAGCCAGUUCAUCAGUGGCCGAAGAUCAGGUUACUACAGUUGAACCGGGUGUUGUAAAUCCUCCUGCAGACGAAGGAGAGUUUGGAGAGUCUGGUUCCUUCGUUUCACUUAGCGGUGCUGCUGUAGUACAAAGUGCACAACAUGAAUUCGUUACGGUGACAUCAAACGUGGGCGAGGAGGAGGACGGCGAUGCUGAUGACGGCGAUGACGGCGACGAUGAUGAUGACAGCCUUGCAUCACUAGGUCUAGAAGAAGAUUCUAAUUUACCUCUCACAUCAGAGGUUCGUUCCGCAGAAGACAUUCAACUUAGCAAAGACAAGACUUUGGCCAUACCUGAGUACAGUGGCACAAUGCCAUUUGAAGAGGAAGAAGCAAAGGUGGAUCUAUCAGAAGCGCUCCCUGUGGAUCCAACCGCACCACCAGUUGCCCGAUCGAGCGCGCCAGUAAAAACAGACACAUUUCACAUGCUUUUAAGGCAUGGAGAAAAAGGAGGAGAACGAUAA